AGCGCCGCCGCACGAGACAGCAGUGUGUCGCGAGCUUUCGUGUUCGCGCGAAUACGACAUGUGUACUGAAACUUUGUGACGUUCGUGCUCCCAUCCGAGCGAUUUCAAUUGUGUUGACGAUUUGUUAAGGUGUCUUUGAGUGACGUGAAUUUUCGCAUUUCCCCACCGGUUAAUUGAAACGGAUGUGGCUGGAUUUUCUUCGUGAAACUUUCGUUUCGCGUCGGAUUUAGCAGAUAUACAAGAUAAAACGGCAAUACAAGUGAAUCUUUGCUCUUUCGCGUGAACGCCGCCUGCCCAGUGGAACUUUGUCAUGUGCGUCCACAUGGAAGUGUUAAGCGAACUGUGCGUGUUCUACUGACAGUGUAGCAACAUGGGGCGGAGGACUGGCCUGUUAGUCGUGUUGUGGAUCGCCACCUUCCCUUUGUACCGGGCUGAUAAUCUUGAACUUCUUCUCGGAACACUAAGAACACAUCAAAAGGCGGCGUGUGACGAAGAGAUGGUGACCCUUGUUUGUCCACGAGGGACCACCAUCAGCAUCCAAGUGGCGCAGUAUGGCGCGUCCACCACACAGAACUCGUGUGCCCCAGAACUUGCUGAGUACCAGCCUGUAGCAGUUGAAGUUGUUGGAGACACAUCGUGUGUAUGGCCUAGUGCUUUGCAGUAUUCGUUGUUACAGACAGUCGUCGAGGCGUGCCAGAAGAAGAGGCAGUGCAAAUUCCACACGAACCCCAAGGCGUUUGGGGUCGACCCCUGUCCUGGGUCGAGGCGUUUCGUCGAAGUCGCGUAUAAGUGCCGUCCCUAUGAGUUCCGAAGCAAAGUUGGUUGUGAGAACGACGUGCUGCAUUUAAGUUGCAACCCGCACUCAAGGGUCGCCAUUUACUCCGCGCAGUACGGCCGCACUGAAUACGACUCGAUACAGUGUCCCCAGCCGCGAGGAAUGAAGGAAGAGACGUGCUUGGAGCCGUACGCCACAGAGACUGCGAUGCGAGAGUGUCACGGCAAGCGGCGCUGCGUGCUAUCUGCAGACAGCAACAUGUUCGGGAAGCCUUGUCGGCCUGGCAGCAGGACUUACCUCAAAGUCGUUUACACUUGCGUGCCGCGGACAGUUCUGAAGGAGCGAUACGAAAGUGCCCCUGAAGAGGAUGAGGUGGCCCAUGAUGUAUCCGAUCUUGAGCACGAUGAUGUCGAUGAGUCCAACGACCGGUGGUGGGGCGAAUCGGCCGUGCCCCCCGCGCCGGCGGUAGCUGCAGUCCCCCCGCAAAGACCAUCAGUAUCCACAAGCCUCAACGUGUCCACCAUCAACAGAGAUGACCAUGCACCAUCACCGCCGAGACAUCAUCUGCCUAAAGAAGAUCCAUUUGACAUCACCUACGUGUACAUAAUCGCUGGUGUUGCUGUGGUGGUGCUCCUCUCCGGUAUUCUCGGCAUAAUAAGAUGCGUCAUGACGAAGCAGAACACAGAUCAGCCCAAAGGUCCAGACGUGUCCGCCACCACAGAGAUCCCCAACGGUUUCAACGACAGCAUAUCAGAAGUCGACAACGACAUCAACAUAACCAGCCUCUCUGGCCCCGUCGACUCGGUCGACUCCAGCCUCAAACAAGAAGUUCAAUUCACAAAUGUAGCAGUAAGUCCAAAAAUCAACAGAUACGUCGGUCGUCCUGUGCCAAAUACGUACCCACACGUCAGUGCCAACAUGUAUGGUCAGGUCGCUGAAUUCCCAAUAGAAAUGCCUCUUCGAACUAUGCCGCACGGCACGCUAGGUCGAGGCGUUGCGGUCAAAACCCUGCCCAGAGUUCAAAUGCCGGUGGACACCGACCCCAACUCGAGGAGUUUGUAUCGCUACUCCAACGCGCAGUAUUAUUUUGGGUGACAGCAAGAGAAGGGCCAAUGCUCGGACGUGUCUAGGACCUACUGUUUCUAAUUAAAGUGUAGAAAAGUGUACAUAGUUCAAUAUAGUUAGCGAAGGUUUGUAUUGUCCUACUUUUAAAAUACGGAAACUGUGAUAUUAAUUGGAAACUUUCCUAUUCUACUGAAAACUGGUUUUGUGAUGAUAGACACAUUGGCAGUAAUGCCUCAUUGUUACGUGAUGUAUUCGCUAAAAUGUAUUGCAGAUAUUUAUUUUACACUUAUUAGUGCCGGUUCGAAUACUAUUUGGUGAGCUUGGGUCUUAUUUAACUGAAUAAUAAGCAUUCAACCCGCACAUUAUCAUAACUUUGAGGAAAUAAUGUUUGAAAUUGAUGUAUGUGGAAAUAUUUUGACCAAAUACAGUAAAUAGAAAUUGUUUGACGAGCAUUACAAAUCAAUUUAAUUUCUGUAGGAAGCAUUUGUUAUGUAUACAGAGUAUUCCGAAGCAUUUAGAUUUUUGGGUAAGGUCGAAUCAGGGCGAAAACUCUUUAAAAACAGCUAAAGACGAACUAAAACUAUGUGCCUGCUAGAUUGUGCAAACAAUACGAAAUGCCACUUCGGGCCAUAUUAUUUUUCGGGUUUAGCAAUAAUUUUAAACUAACGAUCUUCCCCUGAUCCGAAAUUACACCUACCAUAAUAUUUCAUAUCAUUUUAUUUGAACAAAUAAUGAAACUGCAAUCAAGCUGUGUCUAUCAGUCAUGAAAUAUUUAUACAAUUGUAUAGUAAAUGAUUUUAUAAAUGGGUUGAAUCUCAAUGUUAUAGAUUUGAUUUUAAUAACGAUUGUGAAAUUACUCGAUUUACAUAAAAUAAACAUAAAACAGACUAUAAUUUUUUUUGUUUAAAAGAAAAUAGAAAAAUGAUUAGAUUAUAACCAAUAUUUAUUUUUAACAAGUUUAUGCUGCUCUUUUAUGUGAUUUCGCAGGAAAUAUCCCAAAGAUUUAGCCAAAGAUUAAUUUUUAUAGAUUACCUCGGUGGUGUAGUUGUAAUGCGCGCGCGGUGCAACCACUGCCCUGAAGUCCCUAGUUGGAAUCCCGGAUCAAAUAAAAAAUAUUUUUGCGUUUUUCUGCUCAAUAUCAGCCCGGAGCCCAAAAUUUGUACCUAAUAUGGCGAUAGGCUCCCCCCAAUCACAUUAUGGAAUGGAACACACUUGGCAAGAAGUGGGUGCCCUUGUACCUCUGCCUACCACUUCGGGGUAAAGGCGUGUUUAUUUUUAUAGUAGCAUACGAUUUGCAUGUAAUCGAGUAAUUCAAAGUCAAGAUGACUGACUAUAAGUCUAUCCGAUAUAAUGUUCGUUUGUAUGGUAUUUUAUAAUUAAUUAAGGACGUCUAUGUACAGAUAACUUUUUAUGUGGUACAUCGAUUUAGUAUUAAAGUAAAUGCACAGUU